ACCGUGCACAAUGUCCUCCACGCCCGCCCCGGCGGCGUCGACGCCCGUAUCUAGUGAUUCUAUCGUCGCGAAGAAGUACGACCGUUGCUUGGCCGACCUCCUCGUCAAAUCUGGCAUCGGGUUCUCAGUCGGUGUCGUGAUCUCCGUGCUGCUCUUCAGGCGUCGCGCAUGGCCCAUCUCACUCACGACGGGCAUUGGCGCCGGCAUCGCCUAUGCCGACUGUGACCGGUCGUUCAACCCUGCCCGCGUAUCCGGCACACGUAUAUUACCUGCUUCUGCAGUACCCAAAUCUUCCUAAUUCACCUGUUGGCGAGUAUGUACAGAGGAGGAGGAAGCGGGAAACAAGGACGAUUUCCCAAAAAUGGCGCAGAAUAGACCACGUAAUGCCAUGAUGCAUAUACCUCUUUAGAUGCUGCCUCAGGCUAUAUGAGCCAAAUUCCC